UGGAGCUAAACUCUGCAGAGCUAUGGCCCUCCAGGAGCUGGGUUUGGGGCUAGGCCAGUGGUUCCAAUGUCUCCCUCCUCUAUCACACCUGAUUCAACUCAUCAACUCAUUAGCUGAGACUGCAAGAUAUCCACCUUUAUCCUGAGUGUUUUUUAGCCUCAGACGGAAAGAUCCUCACUGUGUAUCAUAAUUUCUGAGUGGGGGCAUGAAGGAAGAUUCCUUUCACCAAGUAUCCUUUGAGCAAACAGCAGUGACUUGCGCUGACACAUCGCUCCUCGCACGUGCGAUGUGAAACAUGGAUCAUCCAGCGUAUCAUGGGCCGAUAAGCAAACAGAGAUGUGAGGAACUGCUCGGCAAGAAAGGACGGGAUGGAACAUACCUCAUUCGGGAAAGCGAGACCAUUCAGGGAGCUCUCUGCCUCUGUGUGUACAAACAAAAAGUGGUCUAUACUUAUAGGAUCUUCCAAACCCACACUGGAUACUUCACUCUACAGGUUAGCUCAGGUGUAGAGGAGAAGUUUUUCAAGACAGUUAAGGAACUUAUUGAUCAUUACAAGCAAAAGAAUCAAGGACUUGCAACACACUUAGGCUGUUCGCUGAAAAGAAAAACGCUGCAACCUCAGCCAUUGCAAUGUGCAGAACCACUAGUGUGUGAUGAGGAAAAUGAAUAUGAAAAUGUUGACUGCUCAGGGGACUAUGUUGUUGUUCUGCCAGACUGAUUUAGUCACAAUGUGACUUUCUGACUGGAUAACUGGAUCAGCUAAUAUGAACGAUAUAGAUGUGCUAUUACAGUUUCCGAGAACUUUCUGGCCAUAUUCACCUCAAAUAUGCGAAAUGCAUGUGGAUUCUUAUUACUUGAAUCACAUUUUAGCAUGGGUAUGUUUUUGUGCAUGGAAAAUGGAUAAAUUGAUGCUGUAAUGGUGCGAAUUGAAUGAAAGCCUGUUUCUGCUUUGGAAUAAAGAGGUCAUUGCUACUUUUCAUCUUACAUUUCAGAUGUUGUUUCUCAAAAAAACAAAGUUGCAAUUACCCUUUUCAUUUAUGUAUUUAUUUAUUUUAUUCUGUGGCAGAAAUAGGCUUUCAUAUUUUCAUUAAUUUGAAAAAUUAACAUAGUUUUCAGAAUGUCUUGGUAUUUGGGAUUGCUUUAAGGACAAAUGAUUUAAUGUACAGAAGAAUUCACAUGGUCAAUAUCACAUGUUUGAUUUAAUGUCCUAAAAAUAGUGCAAAAUAUUAAAUAUUGUUUAUUUAUUUGACAACAUUCUAGAAAUUCUAAAACUUGGUUUUAGAUUUGUUUAAUGUGGCCUCAAGACUUUUAAAGUCAUUGUUUGUCAUUGGCCAAUAAAGCCUUGUUGGUUGGAAUUGUAAUACUAAUCUGGAUGGGAGAGAAAUAUUAGGUUAGUAUUUUGAGUUUGAUGACCUAUUCAUAACUCAACGACAAGAAGAGAUUUUUCUAUUGUAUAUAUGUUUUUUUUUUUUUGUUAGAGAAUGUGUAUCUGUAUAUUGUAUGUGGAGUUUAUAAAAAUAGUCUAAUUUUGUUUUGAAUAAAAUCUAUAAUAAUGUAUGCUGUGUAAAUGUUAUGUUCCAUAUGAAUGGGUUGUCUUUAGGUUUUAACGUGUGUAUAUAUAUAUAUAUAUAUAUAUAUACCAUUUUUUUUUUUUUUUAACCACAACUUAUAAAUUAUAAAUAAAAUAGACUGGCUCACAUUGGACAGUAAAACAGUUUCCGUUAUGCUGUUCUAUGUGGUUAAAGACAGCAAGUGAUUUAGCUUGAUGUUACUAUCUGAAUUGAAGUUUGGUUGGCAUCUUUAAUAAAUCAAUUAAAAAAAAAAAA